AUGCCAUACACAUGCGCCCAACCUCGGUCUGUAGACUAUGGGAUGAAACUUUCAUCUCUGAUGUCUGCACCCAAGAUAAAUGAUGUUCCUACCAUGGAUGCACUCACCGAAAGGGAACUCGAUGGUUUGAUUUUACAGGAACCUGAUGGGCACCUCAGCCAUGUACUUUCCUUAAUAUUCAAAACCUUUAGCCCUACAAUCCCUCUUGCAAAUUCACUUACUGUUCCUUUAAAUACCAAAACUCCACUUUACCUUCGUAAUUUCAGGAAAAAACAAAAUUUCACCAACAAGGGCGAAACCGAGUCAGUGUCACUGUACGAUACUGUGAAUCACUGUUGGAACUGGGCGCUUCCCACACGCGAGCGGCGUGCUAGCAAGUCACCUGACAAAAGUGGGCAGGAUCUCAGAGAGGAUGAGGAGGAGGAUGAAGAGGACGAAGAACAGGACUCGGAAGAAGAAGGGAAUGAUGGCAAGGUAGCAGUUGGCAUAGACCCCGACAACUCACUGGCAGACCUGCCUGAUGUUGACACAGCACCGCCGCUGCCUGGGACCAAUAUCAUCAUCAUCGAUCAGGUUCUUCAAUACUGUUCGCCGUUGCCCUCAGCUGCAGCAAAUGACAAGCUCACCCAAUUCAAUCCCAGUGGAGUGAUACGGACAUGGAGCGGUGUGAACUCCACGCGCCCAGUCAAGGACAACGAAAUCAAGUGCAAACCCGAUUUAGCCUUACUAGAUGACGUGGAGGCUAGGUGGGAUAUGAUUAAGGCGGUGUGUGAGUUGACAUCCCAAAAGUACCAUCCUACCUCUACUAUUGCUAAGACUAUCGAUAGCAAGGCAUACCUUCUUUUAAGGCGCCAGCCCUGGAGACACUUCGUUUUGCUCCUCUCAGUUUGCAAUGGGUAUCAAGAUCUUCACGUGCAUUUGUAUGAUCACUCGGGUGGUAUCGUAACCCCUUGCAUCAAUAUCGACUGGGAUCCGGACAGAUUCUUACAUACCUUCUCGUGCAUCAUUUUUGGCGGCCUCGAGUGCAUUGGGUAUGAUCCUACCAUCAGUAUCUUUACUAAGACGCUUCAGCCCGGCCAGCUCCAACAUUCCUCCACCUUCACUCGUCCUACCACUGGAACUGCCAAAUACGAUCUAAAACAACCGAACAAGAGCGCACCUGUCAUCCUCGAGAGUGGUGCUUUGGCAGAUGAUCCCAUAUCCAAGCCAGAGGGUCCUGAGCCAUCGGUUCUGUCCAAACAUCCCCUGCCUGAAGAUCCUGAAGAUCCUGAAAACCCUCUCCUGGAAGAACUCCUCCCUGAAGACCUCCUCCUCCAGGAAGGUCUUCCUUCGCCCCUUCCUGCAGAUCCCCUCCUCGCGCCUCUUCCAGAGCCAAUUGGAAAAAUUCGAGUCAACCAUCACUACUACGAUAUCCUGGAAGCCAUGUUCUCUAGCCAAGGCCUUGUCGGUCAUGGCACUGUGUGCUACUUGACAAGGAGGGGCGAGGAGGAAUACAUUAUAAAGGAUCAUUGGGUUUUAGGGAGUAAGGAGGACGUGUUGAAUGAGGUCAUCAUGUUGAACGAGAUGAAGGGGGUUCGUGGCGUACCCGAGCUUGUUGAGCACUGGCUCGUCGAGAUCGGACCUGGGGAGGUCGAUGAAACAGAGAAGUAUCGCUAUAAAACACUGGAGAGUAUAGAAGGUACCUUCCGCACUCAUAUCCGGCUGGUUUUGAAGCCCCGUGCACGACCAUUGCAUAUGUUCCGCACAAAGGCAGAGUUAGUGAGUGCGAUCCGGGAUAUCGUCGCCAUUCAAAAGAUAGCGGUCGAAAAGCGAGGUAUUCUGCAUCGAGAUUGCAGCCUUAACAACUCUAUGAUCGAGGACGACGGUAAUGGCUCUCAUGGCACAAUGAUAGAUUGGGAAUUUCCCGUGCGUGUUCUUCAGAGCAAUUGCUACCCUAUCGGUGAAGCUUCUUCACCAGCUCUCGGAUGUCAUUCCUUUGGUGACUGCACAGAAGAAAACUCGAAAGAAAGCUUCAUGUUCAGAGACCGCAACAGGCUACAGUUGAUCAUGCACACUUUUUCUGAUGAUCUCGAAUCCCUCUUUUACGUCUUCGCCUGGAUCUGCAUUGAAUUCAGGGGUCCCCUCGGGAUGAAACGGGUCCUCAAGUCUAGGGCCAAUAGAACCGAAUGGCUACCACGUGCAUGGUCCAUCAACUCUUACGCGGAGUGUGACCAAGCUAAGACGGGGUUCUUUUUCCACUCGGAGGAUUUGGAGAAGCUUGAAAAGCAGAUUCAUCCCUACUUCAAAAAUCUCAUUCCACUUGCAAAAGAAUGGUACGGGCUGAUGAGGAACAAUGGCAACCCAGAUUCAGUACCCUUUGAUGCUGUGCUCGAGAUGUUGAAUAGACAUCUCGCAGAGCUUCCAAAGGACGAACCAUCCCCUGAGUUAUUAUUUGCCAAAACAAUCCUCAAGCGAAAACGGUGUAGAGACUCCAUUCGCCUUUCGCGUUACUAUGGCGCCUUUGCGCGCGCUUUCGCGCUUUACCUUCGCGUUCGCUUUUCCAAGUUGCCUGUCCUCCACACGUCCUGUCCUGUCCCUCUAUGA